ACCUGUCUCUCACACAUACAUACACAUACAUUUCGCACACAGGGGGUUUGGGCAGUGCUGAAAGUGGUCUCUCUGUGCCUCUGCUGCUGUCCUACCUUUUGGGGUGAAUUGUUGUCAGUUCUUUCUCUUUUCCUCUUGCUGUGAUUCCUGGAAUGCUAAAACUGGACUGAUGGACAUUUCAGAACUUUGUAUCCCAGACCCUAUCAGCUAUCACAACCAGCUGCUUAACAGAAUGGCCGCUGAUGACCGACACUUGACCUCCAGCUGUGGGUCGUACAUUAAAACAGAACCGUCCAGUCCUUCAUCCGUCAUCGACACGGUCAGCCACCACAGUCCCAGCGGCUCCUCUGACGCCAGCGGGGGAUAUGGCAUCGUCAUGAACGGUCACUCCAACGGCCUUGACUCACCGCCCAUGUUCACGGCCGCGGGUCUAGGGGGCGGGGCCUGCCGCAAGCGCUAUGACGACUGCUCCAGCACCAUCAUGGAGGACUCUUCCACUAAGUGCGAGUACAUGUUGAACUCCAUUCCCAAGAGACUCUGCCUUGUCUGUGGAGAUAUUGCAUCUGGGUAUCACUAUGGCGUGGCCUCUUGUGAGGCCUGCAAAGCCUUUUUUAAAAGGACAAUACAAGGUAAUAUUGAAUACAGCUGUCCAGCCACAAAUGAGUGUGAGAUCACAAAACGGAGACGCAAGUCAUGCCAGGCCUGUCGCUUUAUGAAGUGUCUCAAAGUUGGGAUGCUGAAAGAAGGUGUGCGUCUGGAUCGUGUUCGGGGAGGGAGACAGAAGUAUAAGAGGAGGAUGGAUGCUGAAAACAGCACCUAUCUGAGCCUGACACUGCCACCCCCAGCAAAAAAACCAUUAACGAAGAUUGUCUCUCACCUGUUGGUGGCGGAGCCAGAGAAGAUCUAUGCAAUGCCAGACCCCACGGUGCCGGAGAGUGACAUCAAGGCUCUCACCACCCUGUGUGACCUGGCGGACAGAGAGCUGGUCGUUAUAAUUGGAUGGGCCAAACAUAUCCCAGGUUUUUCGAACCUUUCGCUGGGAGAUCAGAUGAGCCUCCUGCAGAGUGCCUGGAUGGAGAUCCUGAUCCUGGGCAUCGUGUUCCGCUCGCUGCCCUACGAGGACGAGCUAGUCUACGCAGAGGACUACAUCAUGGAUGAGGAGCACUCGCGCCUCACCGGCCUGCUCGACCUCUACGUGUCCAUCCUGCAGCUGGUGCGCAAGUUCAAGAAGCUCAAGAUGGAGAAGGAGGAGUUUGUCACGCUCAAAGCAAUCGCACUUGCCAACUCAGAUUCUAUGCACAUAGAAGAUGUGGAGGCAGUACAGAAGCUCCAGGAUGCUCUCCAUGAGGCCCUGCAGGACUACGAGGAUAGCCAGCACCAGGAGGACCCUCGACGGACAGGCAAGCUCCUGAUGACCCUCCCCCUCCUCCGCCAGGCUGCCACCAAAGCAGUGCAACACUUUUACAGCAUCAAACUACAGGGCAAAGUGCCCAUGCACAAACUCUUUCUGGAAAUGUUAGAAGCAAAAGUCUGACUGAAGACCCUGACUACUGCUUAACCACAACGUCGAGAGUGAGAGGGAGAUGACAAAAAGACUGUGGAAUAAAGACUUUGUGAAAACAAAGCAAAAAAUAAAUAAAUAAAC